GCAAAGGAGAUUAAAGAGAAUCCCGAGUUUGGCGAGUCUGAGCUGGCCGGGACCUUUCUCGCGCUGGCCAGCGGAGGCCGCGCGGCUUGGCUGGGACUUUUCUCGCGCCGCUCCACUGGGCCUUCGGCUAUGGCGCGGAAGUCGAAACUGCCUCUUCUUCUCCUGCCGCUCGUCCUGGGCAUCCCCCUGGCGCAGGGCUCCAGUCUCCUGCCCCUGGUCGUCAACACUUGGGCUUUUAAGAAUGCUACCGAAGCAGCAUGGCGGACAUUAGCAUCUGGAGGUUCUGCCCUGGAUGCAGUUGAGAGUGGCUGUGCUAAGUGUGAGAUGGAGCAGUGUGAUGGCACUGUAGGCUUUGGAGGAAGUCCCAAUGAACGUGGGGAAACCACCCUGGAUGCGAUGAUCAUGGAUGGCACUACUAUGGAUGUGGGAGCAGUAGGAGGCCUCCGAAGAAUUAAAAAUGCAAUUGGAGUGGCCCGGAAAGUCCUGGAGCACACAACACACACACUUUUAAUAGGGGAGUCAGCCACCAAGUUUGCUGAAAGUAUGGGGUUUACCAGUGAGAAUUUAUCUACCAGUGCCUCGGAAGCCAUGUAUUCAGAUUGGCUUGCUGGGAAUUGCCAGCCUAAUUAUUGGAGAAAAGUAACACCAGAUCCUUCAAAAUACUGUGGACCCUACAAACCAUCUGGUAAUGGGGCUCAGGGUAAUUUUCUCUACAAAGAAGUGGAUGUCCAUGGUCAUGAUACUAUCGGCAUGGUUGUAAUCCAUAAGGAGGGAAGUACUGCUGCAGGCACAUCUACAAAUGGUAUAAAAUUCAAAAUUCCUGGUCGUGUAGGAGAUUCACCAAUACCGGGAGCUGGGGCCUAUGCUCACGACAAGGCUGGGGCCGCUGCAGCCACAGGGGACGGCGACAUACUACUCCGCUUUCUGCCCAGCUACCAAGCUGUAGAAUAUAUGAGAAAAGGAGUUGAUCCCACCGUAGCUUGCCAAAAAGUGAUUUCAAGAAUUCGGAGACAUUAUCCAGGAUUCCUUGGGGCUGUUAUAUGUGCCAAUGUGACGGGAAGUUAUGGUGCUGCUUGCAACAAACUUCCAACAUUUACUCAAUUUAGUUUCAUGGUUUAUAAUCCUCUACGAAGUCAGUCAACUGAAGAAAAAGUAGACUGCCUCUAAUCUGUCUUGUCUGUCAGCAUGUGAAUUUAAAGAGGAACGAAACGAAGGCAGGAAAGUUGCUUACUGACAUCAUGUAGUGGUCUUCAUUUCUUUCAAGUUUAUGUGUAAGUUAAGUGCAAAAAUAAAGUACAUUACAGUCACAUUUCUAUAUCUACAUUUUUUUUAAGGUCUGUUUCCCACUUGAGAGUGAAUAUGCAUAUAUAUGAUGUAUGUUUUUAAGUUUAAAGUGAUAUUUGAAUUUCUAAUCAAUGUGGCAAGAACUGUCUGCACUCGGGAUUUAUUUUCAAAUGCCAUAGUAAAUACAGUAUCUGUAUUUGCAGAUACACAAGAUCAGAAUACACAAGCAUGCUAGAUUCAGGGGACAGUACCACUAUCUCAGCAGAUUAGACCUGAUUGAAUUUCCGAAGUUACAGUGAUUUGUCCCUCACCACUGACCAUUGGGUUGUAACUAAUAGAUCAAAGCAAGAAUAAUGCUAUUAAAAUGUAUGGUUUUGAUUCUGUGCAUUAUGAAAAGCUGAUGGGUUUUCGUUGGUUUUCUUUGGAUUUCUCUUUGAUGGAUCACUCAGUAGGUGAAUGUUAUUAAUCCUUAGGAAUCUCUGAUCUUCAGGCAACUCAUAUUCAGUCUUGGUCAUUUCACUUAGGGGAUUCUUUUUUGUAAUUUUACUAAUCUCUUGUGCUGAGGUAGCAGUUGCAGAUGGAAAAUGUCAAAAAGUGUGUGCUCUGGCUUAGCAUUGCCUUCCAGAUUUCCAUAUCAGCUGUCCACUGACGAGUGCAGAGACACCAUAUGUCUUAAUUUCUCAAGAUUAUUAUGUACUCCAAAAUCAUUGCUUUAAUCUAUAGUCAUUAAUAAGAUGAAUGUUUUAUAUUGUUGUCAAACCAUAGUACUGUUUUGUUUUUUAAUAUACAUAACUUGCUGUUUACUAUUUGUUACCUGUUGAGAAUGAGUAAUCCGUGUUAACCGUCCUCAGGCCAGCCUGCCUAUCACAAUUAUUCAGGAAGCCACUUUCAAAAUCCCCUCUACCAGCGCAGAGUUUGCUGGACUUCAGUUUGAUCCCAGUUGAAUAACAAUGCUUGAACUACAUGAAAUACUAAAUAAUUUUAACCCAGUUUAGUAACAGUACUUUAAUAAAGGAAGUGUUUGAUGACAGAAAAGGGAAAUACCUAGAUUAUUUCCCCAGAGGAUUCAGGUGAGCUCUACUCAGGUGUUUUAUAUGUCCAACACAGUAGGCAACGAGAAAACUAUAGACCCCACUCUGUCAUAAAACUUUUGAUAAUUUCACAUUCUUCAUUUCUUUGCAUUGCCUCACAUUGGAAUAAUUUCCUCUGACUAUUUCACUAAAGACUCCUUAUAGGUUGAUUUCAUUUCUGCUAGCCCAGUAUAAGCUGGUCCCCAGGAAUCCUGUGCAGAACACAUGGCCAGCUCCACUUCCCCUGCUCAUCUGCUUUUGCUCUUGUUCUUUCUGAUUUGCUACAAGCGAGUAACUGGUUCUGGCAAUGAGUUUUAAGUGAAUUUGGAAUGUGAGACCUUCCUAGAUUCUUUCAUAUUUUGUCAAGCAUGACAACAUACUGAUUGCUGCUCUCAGCUACCUGUGUCCUUGAAAACUGUAAUGAGCAGACAUCCGUGACAGUACCCCGUGGACAUAAAUUAUGAUCCAGUAUAGACUAUCCUGACUAAUACAUAAAAUACACCAAUCUGUUAAGGAGUUUGUGGACAUUACUAAAAUAAUAAGAAUAUUUAAAACCUCAAAAUGAAUUUUUUUCCUGGUUAGACUAGAAAGGUGCUGAUAAAAAAAAUUGAGUAAAAAAGUUUUUAAAUUAUUGGGGCAGUUGCAGAUGAUAUUUUCCUAAGGAAUCUUUCAUAUUUUUUCAAAGAAGCCCAUACGCCUAUAUCCUGUGAUUCCUGACAUUUGGACUUGCAUAACUGCCAUGUAUGCAUUCAGGAACUGUGUUCAAGGAUGUUUCUAGAGCAAAAAUUUUACAAGACAGAUAUCCCCUCCUGUGAGCAGCAUCUUCGUGUGCUGUCUAAUACCAUACUGUUUCUCUGUGAAGCAAACGGCAGGUGAGUGUGUUUGCAGACCGUAAUCAAAGAUUGAGAUUCCCUAAGACUGUUGACGUGUGACACUUAGUGAUGUGAGAAUCUUUCUGGAAUAAGCACUCUGCCAUCAGUGAGAGUGAAAGAGAGGAGGUGCCCUAGUGGACCGAAGCCAGGCUAGUCCCCCAAACACCUCCGUCCCAGGUCCUAUAUGUAUCUCUUUUUAUACUCUAAAACCACACAGUGGGGUGGCAAGCAAACCUUUUGUCUCUGACAUGUCUUCCAUGGUUCUGUCAGCUUUGAGAAUAGUGUGACGGGCUGAUUUGUUUGUGGGUGAGAUUGUUAGUUUUGACUAACUUAGGUUGAGAAGAGUUAGGAGAUAAUGAAGAUAUCCCUUAUUUAUGAAACCCAUCUAAAUUAUCUAAAUGGUAACUAAAUAAAAUAUUCAGAUAGUAAUUAAUACAAGUUUUAACAGGUGAUACAAUACUUUAUACUAAAUAUUAGAUAUUUCAUGUAAUUCACAUUUCCUCCUUUUUCAAAAUAUUCUUAGUAGAGCUUGACUUAUUGUACUGACUUUAAUUAGAAAUAUACAUUUGUACUGUGUGUACAAAAAUAUCAAAACAUCUAUUUUCAAUAUCAACACUCAAGUGAUUCCUUUUGACUUUAGAGGGUAAAUCAUAGGUACAAUAUAUUUUAGUUGAUAUUUUAUGCCCAAUAAAUAUGCUUUCAAGGCCCAUAAUUUUGCAAUAUACUUUCAAAUCCCAUAAUUUUAAGUAGUUGAACUUUGUUUUCAAAUGUUGUCAGUUCUUAUGUUCAGUGAUUGAAUUUAGACCUAAGGACCCUAUUAAGCUCAUUUAGUACCUUUAAUAGUACAAUUAAAAUUCAUUUGAAUAUAUCUAUUGGUGACAUUUAUUUUAAUUGGAUAGCAAUUCUGAAAAAAUAAAUUAAUGCAUUUGUGUCAUUUUGCUGGUCAAUUUUUGGUUAAGAUCCCAGGCUUUGGUUUGUUUUCUUGAGAGUUAAACUUGUCACAUAUGCAGUAGAUUUUCAACUAUCUUACACAAUUAAAAGAUGAGUUAAUGAGGUCCUCAGAAAUAGAAAUGGUGGUUACUAAGUGUCCUGUGAUAUGUAUUUUCUUAUGUAACCUAGGGUCAGCCAAUUUUUAAAAAAGAAAGUCAUAUUUUAGUACUGAGAAAAUCACAUCUACUUAAAGGAUAAAAAAUGACCACAUUCAGGAUGGAUAUAAUGGAAGUUGGAGCUGCUAUGUUCAACCUAUUUGCCUCUGAGUUAAAGGGAGGGAAGUUAUUUAUGGUCCCGAUGCACGGAGACUGCAUUAAGAAUUGGUCAUUUGAUUUAAACUUGUGACCUUUCCGAGUGACACAUUAGAUGUGUUUGCUCAUUUAUUUUCUCUAAUUAAAAUCUUACUUCUAUAAUGUGAAUGGUGACAUAUAAUAUUUUUAAGAAAAUCAGAUCUUAGAAAGAAUGUAAGCCAGCAAAGUUCCUUCUAAUUGCUUGUAAUCGAUCUCAUUUCUUUCUGAUUUGUGCAAAACCCUUGAGCACCAUAAAUGUCAAAAUACUUCUUUCCAUUUCUAAAUAAAAUCUGCAUUUUCAUCUUU